AUGCCUUCUCAGAUGUUCUUGUACCCUGUCUUCCCCGAGCCAGUCCACGAAACACGGCACAAGAACAUGGCGGAAUCGCCUGUAGACCUAACUGGUCAUAUUCUCCGGUUGGAUGACCAUCCAGUUGCUGGAGGGUCUUUUGGAAAUGUCUACAGAGGCAUCUACCGAACCACGUCAGGUCAAAUUCAGGUUGCUGUGAAGGCUUUGCGUUUUCUGCCUAGCGCAGAUGACAUCAGGAGAAUCCGCAGAGAGAUUAAAAUAUGGAUGAAGCUGAUCCAUCAGAAUAUCGUGCCAUUCAUAGGCGUAACAGCGGGAUUUGGACCCCCUGAGACCAUUUCUCUCGUCUCACCCUGGAUACCCAAUGGAACUCUCACGAAUUUCUUGGAAACCUAUGGCGGAAGGUUACCACUGACGUCGAAGUUAUGGUUGCUUCACGAUAUCGCGGCUGGUUUAAAUUAUUUGCACUCAUUCCCUCUGAUCCAUGGAGAUCUCACUGGCAGUAAUGUCCUGAUCAACACAGAAGGCAUGGCGUGCCUUGUGGACUUUGGACUUUCUACAGUCAUAGGAGGACUUGAAGGUGGAUCUUCGAUUGCCCCAUCAUCCCACCGCCCCGGCGCAAUACGGUGGACCGCUCCCGAGCUUCUUGGAGAUCCAGAGAUUUCCUAUUCACCCACACCGAAAAGCGAUAUUUAUUCUUUUGGCAGCAUCCUCUCUAACAGAUUUCCAUGGUAUACAGAUACUGGCGCCACGGCCGAAUUUCGCAUCAUAGCGAAACUAAUUGUAGGAGAAACUCCACCGCGGCCGGAUGAUCCACCCAUUUCAGAGGAACACUGGACCCUUAUCUCAGAAUGCUGGCGCCCGAUCUCAAACACUGAAAGUCGCCCGACAGCUGCACAAUUGAUUAACACCCUUGGUCAAGAAAUCAUCAAUCACUCAGGUGGUACAAAGGAUGCAUCCCAUCUUCUCCGGUCCGAGCAGUCGCCCCGAUUUCCGUAUAAAGACUUCCAUCCCUUGUCCAAUCCGUUAGCUCGAUCCACAAGACACAGACAGCGGCGGAAGUCAUCACGCCCGACUGAGGACGAUUCUGUGGAUUCAAUCUUUGCGUUUUCUCCCCCAGACGGCGAAGAUGAGACGGUCGUGCCUCACCCUCCUGGAGCGUUGUCGCGACGAGAGUAUACCAAACCUCGUUACGAGAAUCCUCCAAUAAACACGCUUUUCGUUGGCAAUCUUCCGAGGAGCACGGGGGAUUAUGACAACUAUCUUGAAACUCGUUUAAGAGCCUUGUUUUCUCCGCGCCCGGGAUAUAGGAGGUUACUCUUCACCCGCAAGAGUGACGGGCGGAUGAUGUGUUUUGUAGAAUUUCAGGACGUGCAUGAUGCCACCAUGUCUCUCAACGAUCUCACUGGCUCCAGUCUAAGCGGGCUCAUCAGAAACGGCGGUAUCCGUCUGUCGUAUAGUAAAACACCCAUGGGUUCCAGCCGGCCAAACAGUGCGGGCACGAGCACAUUCGCGACUCCUCCAAGUUUCGGAGCCUAA